UCCCCGCUCCGCUCCUUCCCCCGCCGCUCCGGUGGAAGAUGGCAGUUGGGGGAAGGACUGGAAGUUGCAGCCCGCGAGCGAAGAGAUAAGGCGGAGGCGCGGGAAGAUUCACCCCACUUCUGGAAGAACCUCAAAAUCUGAACAACUUCUGCCACAGUUUGGCUUUACACUGUCAAAAAGUUACCAUUCCAUCAAGAGCAAUGAGCUCCACAACACCAGAUGGGGUUUCUGGACGUGAACAGCUCUUGGCUCAGCAAAGAAUGCACAGUAUGAUCAGCUCAGUGGAUGUAAAGUCGGAGGUUCCCGUGGGAUUAGAGCCUAUCUCACCAUUAGACUUGCGAACUGAUCUCAGGAUGAUGGUUCCCAUGGUGGACCCAAUUAUGCGUGAAAAGCAGCUACAGCAGGAACUACUUCUGAUCCAGCAGCAGCAGCAAAUUCAGAAACAACUGCUGAUUGCAGAGUUUCAGAAGCAGCAUGAAAACCUGACCCGCCAGCAUCAGGCCCAGCUCCAGGAGCACAUAAAGUUACAACAGGAACUCCUAGCCAUUAAACAACAGCAAGAACUCCUUGAAAAAGAGCAGAAACUGGAGCAGCAGAGACAAGAGCAGGAACUGGAGAGGCAUCGCAGGGAACAACAGCUUCCUCCCCUCCGAGGCAAAGAAAGAGGCCGAGAAAGGGCAGUGGCCAGUACAGAAGUGAAGCAGAAACUUCAAGAGUUCCUGUUGAGUAAAUCGGCAACAAAAGACUCUCCAGCAAACGGGAAGAAUCAUUCCAUGAGCCGCCACCCCAAGCUCUGGUACACGGCUGCCCACCAUACCUCACUGGAUCAAAGCUCUCCACCCCUGAGCGGGGCCUCGCCACCGUACAAAUACACUUUACCAGGAGCACAGGAUGCCAAGGAUGAUUUUCCACUUCGUAAAACGGCUUCAGAGCCCAAUUUGAAGGUACGUUCCAGGUUAAAACAAAAGGUGACAGAAAGGAGAAGCAGUCCUUUACUCAGGAGGAAGGAUGGAAAUGUCAGUUCAUUCAAGAAGCGACUCUUCGAGGUGACAGAAUCCUCAGUCAGUAGCAGCUCCCCUGGAUCAGGUCCCAGUUCCCCAAGCAAUGGUCCGACCAGCAGUAUAACAGAAAAUGAAACCUCAGUUUUGCCAUCUAACAUUCAAGCUGAGCAUCUGGUUUCACAGCAGCGCCUUUUGAUACAGGAUGAAUCAGUGAACUUGUUGAGUCUGUACACAUCUCCUUCUCUGCCCAACAUUACCUUGGGACUUCCAGCAGUACAACCUCAAAUCAGUGCUUCAUCGUCAUUCAAAGAAAAGCAGAAGGGGGAGACCCAGUCGCUCAGACAAGGAGUGGCCUUGGCUGGACAGUAUGGGGGGAACAUUCCUCCAUCCUCAACUCAUCCUCACGUUGCUUUGGAGGGAAAGCCAAAUAGUAGCCACCAAGCUCUCUUGCAGCAUCUGUUACUGAAAGAACAAAUGAGACAGCAAAAACUUCUUGUGACUGGAGCGGUUCCUCUUCAUCCACAGUCUCCUUUAGCAGCGAAGGAGAGAGUCUCACCUGGCAUAAGAGCUGCCCACAAACCGCCUCGUCACAGGCCACUGAAUCGAACCCAGUCAGCUCCUCUUCCUCAGAGUACUUUGGCCCAACUGGUCAUCCAGCAGCAACAUCAACAGUUUUUGGAGAAGCAGAAACAGUACCAGCAGCAGGUCCACAUGAAUAAGAUGCUCUCUAAGUCCAUUGAGCAGCUCAAGCAGCCUGGCAGUCAGCUGGAGGAAGCUGAAGAAGAGCUUCACGGAGAUCACUCGAUGCAGGAAGAGCGAGCUCCCGCCAGCGGUGCCAGCGUUAGGGCUGAGAGCAGCAGCGCUGGUGCGGAUGACAGAAUAGGACAGCAGGUGGGGGCUGUGAAAGUCAAAGAGGAGCCACCGGACAGUGAUGAGGAUGUUCAAACCCAGCACAUGGAAUCUGGGGAGCAAGCUGCUUUUAUGCAACAGGAGUUCCUGGCACAUCGGCGUGUCCACCAGUUGCAAAUCUACCAGGCUCAGAUGGCCACAGUUGGCAUGGCAGGAUUAGAUAAACAUCGGACAAUGUCCAGGACCCCGUCUUCCCCUGCUGAUUCCACAUUACCUCACCCAGACGUGGACCAGCCCAGCCAGCAUGUCUACACGACUGGUGUUGUGUAUGACAGUCUGAUGCUGAAGCACCAGUGUAUGUGUGGCAACUAUGCUAAUCACCCUGAACAUGCUGGAAGGAUCCAAAGCAUCUGGUCAAGGCUGCAAGAAACUGGGUUGCUAAACAAGUGCGAGCGAAUUCGAGGUCGAAAAGCCAGUCUGGAGGAAAUACAGCUGGUUCACUCUGAACAUCAUUCACUGCUGUAUGGCACCAGCCCCCUGAACAGACAGAAGCUGGACCCCAGGAAACUCCUAGGAAACGUGUCUCAAAAACUCUUUUCCUUGUUGCCUUGUGGGGGACUUGGGGUGGACAGUGACACCGUUUGGAACGAGCUGCACUCGGCCGGGGCGGCACGCAUGGCGGUGGGCUGUGUCAUCGAGCUGGCGGCCCGCGUGGCCUCCCGGGAGCUGAAGAAUGGCUUUGCUGUUGUAAGGCCCCCAGGCCAUCAUGCUGAAGAAUCAACAGCCAUGGGGUUCUGCUUUUUUAAUUCGGUUGCAAUUACUGCCAAAUACUUGAGAGACAAGCUAAAUAUAGGCAAGAUAUUGAUUGUAGAUCUGGAUGUUCACCAUGGCAACGGUACACAGCAGGCUUUUUAUGCUGACCCCAGCAUCCUGUAUGUUUCCCUCCAUCGCUAUGAUGAAGGCAACUUCUUCCCCGGCAGUGGAGCCCCAAAUGAGGUUGGAAGUGGCCCUGGUGAAGGGUAUAACAUAAAUAUUGCUUGGACAGGUGGCUUGGAUCCUCCUAUGGGCGAUGUUGAGUAUCUCACAGCAUUCAGGACUGUGAUUAUGCCAGCUGCCAAUGAGUUUGAUCCAGAGAUUGUCCUGGUGUCAGCGGGAUUCGAUGCCGUGGAAGGCCACGACCCUCCGCUGGGCGGGUACAAAGUUACGGCUAAAUGUUUUGGUCACCUAACCAAGCAAUUGCUGAAGCUAGCGGAUGGCCGUGUUGUGCUGGCACUGGAGGGAGGACAUGACCUUACUGCCAUCUGUGAUGCAUCUGAAGCCUGUAUAAACGCCCUUUUAGGAAAUGAGCUGGAGCCUCUCCCGGAAGAUAUUGUGCACCAAAUCCCCAAUAUGAAUGCAAUAGCUUCUUUAAAAAAGACCACUGAAAUUCAAAGCAAGUACUGGAAGUCAGUGGAGCCAUACUCUGUGCCAGUGGAUUGUGCUCUGGCUGAGUCUCAGAAACAAGAGAGGGAGGAGACAGAAACGGUAUCUGCUAUGGCCUCUCUUUCAGUGGAUGUUGAGCAGUGUAUCCCUCAGGAAGGCAGCAGAGCUGCUGGCGAGCCCAUGGAAGAAGAGCCAGCCUUGUGA